CGGCGAGGUUUGCAUUGCAACUGCCGAUACCUGUAGUUUUUUAUUCAUUUUGGCUUUGUCUUCAGUUGUGCGCCGAUCUAUUUGACUGAACUAUUAUAAAAACGACAAUAAGCUGUUUAAAAUCAUAUCAGUUUUUAAAUCUGGUUAUUAAAGCAUGAACUUUCACCAUUGUUUUUGAUUAUUCAUGGUUUUACUCACAGACUUUUUUUUCAGAAAUUGAUGUAUAUAUGUAUUAUUGUGCGUACUGGAACCACAGUUUAAAAACAAUGGCUUUAACAGAUGAUUAUCAGUGAUUUUCAUUCAAAAACAGUGUUUUACAGAACUUACUCUCCUAGCAAUUUUACAAUGUACGUUACGUAAAGGUAUCAAUACUUCAUUAUGGAAUCGUCAGAGGUAGAGCAUUCUCUCAUAGUGUCCAGACUUAGCGAACGGACGUCCAGUUCUAGAAUCGAAGGUCUGGAAUUACUGCGUGAACAUCUAAAACGCAACAAUGGCAUCCUCAAAUUCAAGGACAAAGAGUCCGUUUUCAAAGGACUUUCGUUAAGUUUGGAAGAUACGAGUUGGAAGAUUAGACAUUUGACAAUUGAGUUGCUACGAGAUAUGAUUUCGAAGUUUGGCGAUGAGUUAGAUGACUUAUACGCUCCUAUGUUACCACAAUUAAUUGAAAACAUUGGAGAUAAUAAGGUUGAAAUCCGCAAAGACGUUGUGCAGACACUGCACACCUACAUGAAGAAUUCGCUCAAUGUUGGAUUCCUACUUCAACUGUACCUCGAAUUCGGACUGCAAAGCGAAGACGACAAAGUACAGAAGGAAUCCAUCAUCAAUCUGCCUGUGCUGAUGUCGGCCGAGUUCAGCAACGAGGACCUGUUCGAGAUUUCACAGACGCUGCUGGGUAAGAUCCCCUCCUACGAGGAGCCCAGGUCCAUCUGGAGGUGCAUAGACAGACUGAAGAAUCUUGUCGGCGAAGACAGGUUCGACAGUUACGUGUCCCACAUGAACCGAGACAUCCAAACAAUUUACAACCAGAAACUAUACGCAACUCCGGGAUCCACGGCCUCUCAGAACACCCCGACUGAUACCCCUGCUGUACAGACCCCCCACUCCACCCUGACUGCAAGGGAGUUGGCCGCCAAGUUGACGGCUGCGAGUAAAAGUGACGCGAUGGAAGGGCAGUUGUUUGGAUCAGGGAAGAAUUCAGGUCGCUGGCUCGAGUUCGGAAUCGUGAAACCAGAUGUCAUGAUCAAGUUAACAAACAGAGAUGACUGGCAAUUACGGUUACACGGAAUUGAAGACCUAAAAACUGACGUCACACAACUGAACGACAUUUCCAAAUUAAAGCCAGACAUGGUCGAAUUCGUCGGAUUUCUCUCUAGAUUUCUAACUGAUGAAGUUAACUUCAAAAUUACAAUGUCGACGCUAGAAAUAUUUGUAGUUCUAAUUAAGAAACUGGGAACUAAUUCACACGAAUAUGUCGAGCCCUUAGCAGCAGCGUUGUCGCAUCGAUUGGGCGACUCCAAAAUUGUAAUUCGCCAGCUAAAUUCAAGAGCGUUCCGUGAACUAAUGUACACGGCGACUCCGAUGCCUGUUUUGGAACAGAUUUUACCCUGUUUGAAGCAUAGAAAUUCGCGAGUGAGAGAAGAAACAGUGAAUGUUAUCAUAUCGGCGUUGUUGACAUUUCCGACAACUGAUUUUGAUUUCACGACGCUUUGUGAUACGAUAGCACCGUGUUUGGCAGACCCGAAGCGAAGAGUUCGCCAGGCGUCGCUAGAAGUAUUUGCGGUUCUGGCUCAACUGAUGGGUGUGAAUAACCUGAAGCCUCUGAUCCGAGCCAUCGAGAUGCUAGAACCCGAGUUCGGAGAGGGCCCUAUGAAUGCAAUCAAAGCUAGAGUAGCAAGACGCCAACUACCGAUGAUCAAAGAGAACGGCAUGGUAGAUUACGCAACUUCUAUCGUCACAUCAUCCGCAGCAUCCUCGGCGGGCAAGAGUCGCCAGUCCUCGAACAGGGGAUCUCCCCAAUCAUCGGCAGCAAAUGCAGUGCCUCAGAGUGCGGGAUCAUCAGCAUCUACUUCCUCGCAGUACGGAGCGGAUAUAGACUGGAUCCUAAGAGCGUCUGGGUCUUCGAGAGGAGGAAAUUUGCCAGGCGACCCAAACUCGUCACUGCUGAACAACAGCGAAAGUGUAGCAAGUGACAGUACGCCAAGUAGUGCUACAGAGAGAAGAGCAGUGGUGCUUAACAGUGCGAGUAAAAAACUACCGUGGGGAGAGGUGAACACCUUCAGUAGUAAUCAUAAUAACGGGAGCUCAGGAGGGGCGCAGAAUAAUACAGGAGAGGGAGGAGGGAAUGGUAACAUUAACGACGCAAACAUGGAUCAUCUACCCAAUGGGUUCAAGAAACCUCUCAUUCCUCCGUCGAAGAAUCGAAACAAUUUUGCCGGAAGAACCAGAGCUUACAACUCGGAGGAGCUGGAGUCUUCCAAUCUGUCUUCAGGCUACGUAUCGAUGAGGCAUACAGCCAGGCCACACUCGGACACAUCAGAUGAUGAAAAGAAUGCCAAGAUUUCGCAAGCCAAGGCCUUCGCAGACCAAAACAGCAACCACAGUUCGAGUGGGUUGGACUCUGGAUUCGAAACCGGAGGAGUUUCCUCUGGGCUCGGAGGUAUGGAAGGGUUCCCGACUAAACCUCAAUUGGCCAGAUCGGCAACAUCACGUGACCAGAAGGCACUGAAGAAUAACAGCCAGGGGGUGAAUAGUGGAGGCGAUGGAGUGGGCGGGGAAGACUUGCCAAUUGAUGAUAAAGCUCUCAGCUCUGUGCGUAAUUCGGCGGCUAAGAAGAAGGCUGAGAAGCGAACUGACUCGACCGAGUCUCCCUACUCCAGUGGGAACAACAUACCAGAUAUAAACUACACAAUAGCAGGUGGUCCACAACAUGACAAUAGGUACACGAGAGAUCAAAGAGGUACCUCUAAUGGCAAUAAUGGAUAUUACAAUGGACACUUGAGGCCGAACCAGUCCUCACAUGUGUCGGAUAAAUUGGAUUUGGAGAAUCUACCAGUGGAGACUCUUCAGCAGAAAGUUGAAAUGUACACUGCUGUCAGGAAAAGCUACAACCCUCAACUGUACAAAGACCCCCUAGAUGAGGAUGAUGACCUAAAAUACAAGUCGGCACCGAUUGGAAACUACUUUGAAGGAAACAAAUAUCCUUCACACAACGGAAACAACAACGCUUACAACGGUGAUGAUGAGAAUUUGGCGGCGGUGGCAGUGAUGGGUGCGGGUGACUCCACCCACCAGACCGCAACACUAAAUGGCACCCCCUCAGGUGGGGGGAUAAGUGACAGCAAGAGUGGGGCAGACGGAGUGAGUGACUCAACUAGAAGAAAGAUAGAGGACAUCAAGGAGAAGCAGAGGAGGGAGAAGGCGGAGAAGAAGAAGAGGGAGCAGCAGCAGAAGCUGCAGAAGAGCAGGGAGGAAGCAUGGGUGGAUCCCACAGUUGAAACCCGUGCAUCUCUCAACUCCGCCCCCACUCCAGGGCUCAAACACAACAACAACAGUCAGUCCAGCUAUAACAGUCAACCACCACAGCAGACGCAAUCACAACAGGGUCCAAAACACAAGUCCAGCUUUGCCCCGAGCAACAACAACAACAAAUCAUCCCCCUCUGCCCAACCCCACUCGUCAUCAGCCUCGUCCUCCUCAACCCCCUCUUCAUCGCAACAGCAGACGCCUCAGUUAAGAAGUUCCCCUGACGUGGAGCUAAGAAGGGCGAUGGCACUCGUCCAAAAUCAGGACUGGGGUUCUAAGUGUGAAGGCAUAGCCCUUCUCUCUGUCCUAUCCGAGAAGUACCCCGAAGUGUUGGGGGCCCAGAUGCACGAUGUGAACCUAGCCGUGGUGGCAGAAGUGAAGAAUCUGAGGAGUCAAGUGGCUAAAGAGGCCAUUAAGUUGAUGCGCACUCUGUUCAAAAAUCUAGACAGGAGGAUGGAUUUGGACCUUGAACUGACAGUUGGCUGUCUGCUGACCAAAACCAGUGAGUCAUCUGGCUUCAUCCGAGAUGAUGUGGAGAAGGCAUUGACAACCAUGGCAGAGAAAACAUCUCCACACAGGGCCAUAGCCGCAUUAGCACCAAACGCACAACACAAGAGCAAAGAGGUGAGGAAGACGUCUUCAUACAUCCUGUGUAUAAUAGUGGAGAGAGUGUUGGAUCCCUCUAGAGGCCUUGGAAGACAGGGAAGAGACUGCAUCAAUCAAGCCAUAGCUCCUAUUGCAGCUUUCGCAUUGGAUAGUGCACCAGAGGCUAGGUUCUACGGGAAGAAAAUGCUGUGGAUGCUAAUGCAGGAAGAUCACCAGUACCUGGACACUCUGCUGCAGAAAUGUGUGCAACCAUCCAAUGUGCAUCCGAUGAAGAAACUGCUGGACAAUCUCAGGAACAACGGGGGUCCGGGGGAACACCCGAAUGAGACGCCGAGUGCGAAGUUGGCGAGGAAGCCCAGUUAUAAUAACAGGACCUUCAGUGGUGGCUCAGUGAGGCUGGAGUCGGUCGCUGCUGAAAACGAACCCAUCCAAAAUGGAACCUACCCUCCCCCCUCUCAAAAGACCAACAAUAACAACAGCAACGCUCCUGAGGCGAGACAUCCCCCCAAACAGACGAGGGGUCCGAGACUGAACGAUGACGACAAGGAGUGUGUGAGGUCCCUGUGUGCUAAUCUGAAGGCCAAUGACUUCAGGGAGAGGGAGGGAGGGAUACAUACUCUAGUGGAGUUGUCUGGAGAUAGACCGGACUUGGUGGGCUCAAAUAUAAACGGGAUCUUCGACGUGUUCGUGCAGCGUCUUAAUGACUCCAACAGCAAAGUGAACCUCCUCGCUCUGCAGAGUAUGUUGAAACUAGUACCCCUGCUAAGAGACUACUUCUCAAUUGUGGCCAAUAUGGUCGUACCAGCUGUGGCUCAGAACAUGGCAUCUAAUAGAACGGAAAUGAGGAAUCUCAGUUUGGACAUAAUUGAUGCCAUGAUUGACCAUAUUGACCAGGCGAGUCUGCUUCAGCCGUUGUCCACCCUAGCCAGAUAUGGCAACAGCAGAGUCCGUCCAGACAUCGUCUUCAAACUAGCCACUCUUGUCACGCACAUGUACCCUCGCAAGCCACAGAUGGUAAUCAGACAAGUCAUACCUGUUCUCUGGCAACUAGUCGGCAACAUCUCCGGGUCAGGUGCAGUGGCGGGCUCUGGAACCAACUUGAGACAAGCAGCUCAGAGGCUAGCAACGCAGUUGUAUUCCUUCAUGGGACAGACCUUAAUAGACAUGGCUGAAAAUGAGUUCACGACUCCAAGGAAUUUGCUCACACUGAAACAACUUGUCGAAGUAUCAUGAAAUCAUGGGAUAGUGCCGAAGCCAUGUCAUGGAAUUAUAUAUGUCCAUGAAAAUUGAUCUAGUCUCACAAGUUUUACUGUUGCCUUCCACUUGUUGCAGUUGCGGACAAUGCAAUUACAAUACCAACUUGUCAAAUAUUACCGUGAAUAGAAUCAAUUAAAAACUCGAGAUUUAUCUUGAUAAUUGGGAGUUUUCUGUUACAUAAGAGGCUGGUUAUUUGGUCUCAGUGUUCAAAAAGAAAGUCAAACUCGUUAAAGCUCACUGACUUUUUCGUUUCUUCACAUGGUGCUAAUUUGUAUCUUCAUUGCCAUUUAUUUUUGUAACUUGUAAAAUGUAUAUAAAAUGGAAUUUCCUCACAAAGAGUUUCUUGUCUUCUAAAGCGUUUAUGAAUAAGAAAGUAAAUAAAUAAAGCUGAAAGUGGUGCAAACUGUGUGGGGGCUUUGAAGAGAUAUAGAAGACGUCUUCAACUCUCUCUUUUCGUUUUAGUUAAAUUGAUAAAUCACUGUGCAGUUUAUGUCAGUUAAGUAACUUCCAAAUAACUUUGCAAGUUAUUGAUUCAGUUCAAUUAUUAUUUUUUGAUGUAAUAUCAAUUUAGAAUAAGUAUAAA